UCUUCUAAAAUUCAUCAGUUUCAUCGCAAUUCUAGAAAAUUCAAUUUUUUAUAAUUUAAGAAAAUGAAGUUCUUCCUUGCUGCUGUGCUUUUUGCCUCUGCGAUCCUUGUUGAAUUAGGUUCAUCGCUACCAAUUGACGAUCCUGCUACUAAUGGUCUUCCAAUUGAUCCUAAGAAGGCUCAACAAUUGAAAAAUUCUGGAUCAUUAUCACAGCCAAUUGACAAUGCUUCUACUGAUGCUCUUCCCAGCGAUGCUAAACUGCCAAGUGGCGAUUCUCUUACUGCUGCUCCUGCCAGCGAUCCUAAACAGACUAAACAAGUGAAAAAGCCAAUUGACGAUUCUCUGACUUAUGCACCUGCCUGUGAUGCGAAGAAGGAUGCACAGUCUGGAAAACCUGGACCAUUGAAAAAGCCGGCCCAAUCUGGAAAUACUGUCCCUAAAAAUCAUGAACAUAAACAUAAAAAAACAACACAUAAACAUAGACACCAUGGACGUCAUGGAAAUAGUAAACACCAUGGACACCAUGAUUGUCAAGUACACCAUGGACAUAAUGGACCAUCUGAGGAAACAGGAAAACCCGUACUACCAGGAAAAUCAGGUAAACCAGUAGUACCAGAACAGCCAGAACAAUCAGGAAACCCAGUUGAACCAGAUCAAUCAGCACAACCAAACAAAUUAGUACAACCAAAUCUACCAGCACAACUGCCAAAAGCAGGAAAAUCAGGACAAUCAGGAAAACCAGUAGUACCAGCAGAAUCAGGAAAUCCAGUUGAACCAGAUCAAGCAGCGCAAGCGGGAAACCCAGUGGAACCAGAUCAAUCAGCACAGUCGCAACAACUGGGAAAAGCUGGACAACCAGGAAAAACUAAAACACCUGGAAAAACUGAAAAGUCAGAACAAAUUGGAACAACUCCAGUCAAGCCAGACGCAUCUGAAGAUGAGCAGUAAGCGCUUUUUUGAAUAAUCAAAGAGUCCACGAUUACGCUUUGCUUUGUAAAGUUUGAGCAUAUUUCUUAUUUGGACCUUUUGUAAAGAAUCUGAUAUUGUUUGAAAUAAAAACAUUAUCAAA